GGUGCUGAUCGCAAACGAUAGACGACGUGAAAACGACGUCAGUAGAUAGAAAGAGAGAGCAAAAAAGACGACGGCUCUGGUUUUUCCCCUCGUUUUCGAUAUUCUCGCUUCACGGGCUGACUUGUAUAGCUCCGCGUGAGCCGCGCGAUUUGCUAAUCAUCGAUCUCCAUAACCUCCAAGACGAAGCGGAGAUAUUCUCCCAUCGCGGUGACGCGAUCCGAGAAUAUCACACAUCUCUGCCUCUCCUAUCUCGCGUUCGCUCGUAGUUCCAUCUAUCUGUCUCUCCGUUCCCUUUCGUCUUUGGCUGGUUCCUACAUUCUAUUUCCUAUGUUUCCCUGUUGCCUUUGAUAGCUCUUUCUCUCUUUCUCCCAGUUGAGGGUCUUUCUCCGUCUUCUCUCCUUUUUCCUCCGUCGGGGUCUCUUCCCUCUCUCUCCCUCUUUCUCUCUCUUUCUCUCUCUCCUCUCGUCUCACUAGACGUGCAGGAAAAGUACAGCGGUGCGGGGAAGUGAGAUCACACAUUCGGACACGCGACGUUUAAAGGACGGUUCGACGUCACGGGAAAAUUUGUAUAAAUACGAAGCAACGGUGACUUGGAGUUACGAGAAUUCUGCGCGUGGACGAUAAACGUGGUGGCCGGCCGUGUGUAGUGGAGAGUGUUAGUGGCAAACAGAGAGUGGUGUACGACGCGACUUCUCUCGAUCACGAUCACCGAGCAAGCGGACAAAAUUCCGACGAUUCACAGUCUAUGAGCGCCGAGGGCCAGGGGGACCCUGGAGAAGACCACGCUUCCAGACUAAGGUUCUUCUGGGAACAUGAGACUAAUGAUGGUUCUCUGGAUCAAAUUGCUUAUGAGAUAUACGUAGAUGAUUAAUGGUUAGAGCAAUCCAGGAUUGAGUCGUACGGUAGGAGCAGAGAGCCCUUGCAGCGACAUGAAGCGCGCAGCUGCAAAAAAACUUAUCGAACGGUAUUUUUACCAACUUACAGACGGAUGUGGAAAUCCUCACUGUGACAAUCAAAAUUGUGCCUCCAGUGGGAAGGUUAGUAAUCUUACUCCAAAUCAGGCAGCUGCUCAGGCAAUUCAGUUAUUCUCACAAGAAGCUAGACUUUGUGAUGGCACUCAACCUAGUAAAGUUGCUCGAACUACUAUAGAGCCAGGACAAACAUCCUUAGCUAAGAGUCUACCUGUAAAAAGUGUUAAUCCUCCAAGCUCGGAUGAAGGAAAGCAAGAGCCAUAUCUCACAGAAGAUAAACUUCUGGAUAUUAUAGAAAGAUGUAAAGCAGAAUCUUCGUAUUCUUUAUUAAUUCGUACUCUGGGGGAAGUUUUUUCUUCCGCAAAGGCAUUAAGUCUUAGUUUUCAAAAAACUCAGAAAAGCAGCUCGCCUUUGGCGGCGCUUCUCGAUCGAGCACCAGACACUUUGUUAAGGCCACCUGCUGAUUUGAAUAAAGAGGCGGUACGAUCUCUUCAAGGGGAAGAUAAGGACGAGGAUAGCAGCGAUCCAACACCUACAGUUCCUAACAAUGACGAUACCAAUGUCGAUUUACCAUCGGUUCGCAGAGCUUUCGAAGCACUUUGGUCUUUGCCAGGUGAAGUAUUCGAAUCAGCUCUGGUCAAUGCACUAGUCACUUUGGCAGAUGACAUAGAAUUAGACUUGAGGGUAUUCCGUAUAGUACGCUGGGAAAGUAUGGAUAGUCUAUUAAAUGUAUUUCUCAUUGUCUUUGAAAUCCCAAUGCUCGGGAAUAGUGAAUACUUGGAACUGGCUCUCCAUAUGCUAUGUAAGGCGUUAAGUUGCUUACCUGUCGUGGCGCAGGCCAAGUUAGCGCGUAUAUGGGCUAAGCAUUGCAAGUCGCGACUUCCGAAUCUCUUACAAGCACUGCAAGAGCUCAUAACUGUCAAGGUGAUAGGAGGAUCCUUCACACGCGAUUACUGUGUCCAAGAUGCGGACACCAUUACUGCACCCACGAAAGUUAUGAAGAUUCUAUAUUAUGCGAGUAUGCUGGCUGGUGAAUUGGAUGGUCCCGAACUAAUGCUGGGCGACGAGGCCGAGUCGACAGGUAAUGACAAGACUGCUUCACGUUCGGCAACGUCACAAGUCCCUCAAGAUCCACUAGCGACGGAAUUAGGAAUUACUGCGUUAGACGCACGCAAACCUUUCAUACCAUUUACUGACUUUUACAAUGAACCACUUAGCGAUGCCAUAGAAAUGGACAAAGAUUUUGCUUAUUAUAAAAGCGAAGAGCCAAUGAAAUUUAGUUUUAUGAAUUAUGCUUUCAUUCUCACGCCCGCCACGAAGACUCUGGGUCUCUAUUACGAUAAUCGCAUAAGAAUGUAUAGUGAGCGGCGUAUGAGUUUCUUGCAGACCGUUGUCGGGCAACCUACUAAUCCAUAUCUCAGAUUAAAGGUCCGAAGAGACCAUUUGAUAGAUGACGCUCUAGUAGAAUUGGAAAUGGUAGCUAUGGAGAACCCGUCUGAUUUGAAAAAACAACUAGUUGUCGAAUUUGAAGGAGAACAAGGUGUCGACGAAGGUGGGGUGUCGAAGGAAUUCUUCCAACUUGUUGUAGAAGAAAUUUUUAAUCCUGACUAUGGCAUGUUCACUUCUCAGGAAGACACGCAGAUGACAUGGUUCAAUCCAACAUCGUUUGAGAGUGACGCACAGUUCACAUUAAUAGGCAUUGUCCUCGGCUUAGCGAUCUAUAAUAAUGUAAUUUUGGACGUGCGCUUCCCAAUGGUCGUUUACAGAAAACUGCUCGGCAGAAAAGGUGCUUUCGCGGAUCUAGAAGAUUGGAGUCCGACGUUGUACCGGACAAUGCGAGAAUUAAUGGAGUAUACCGGAGACGAUAUGCCAGAAACGUUCAUGCAAACCUUCCGGGUAGCUUAUAGGGACGUUUUUGGCUCGAUAUCGUUCCACGAGCUGAAGGAAAAUGGUGACGAGUUGUACGUCACGCAGGAGAAUAAGAAGGAGUUUGCCGAUCUUUACGCGGAUUUCUUGCUCAACAAAUCGGUUGAGAGACAAUUCAACGCAUUUAGGCGUGGUUUUCAAAUGGUUACGGACGAAAGUCCACUUGCCUUGCUAUUCAGACCUGAAGAGAUCGAACAGCUUGUUUGCGGUAGUAAAAUAUUCGAUUUUGCCGAACUGGAAGCGGCUACAGAGUACGAGGGCGGUUAUACUGUCGACAGCGAGGCAGUACGUAACUUUUGGCGCGUGGCUCACUCGUUACCACCUGAAAGUCAACGGAGGCUACUGCAGUUCACCACAGGCAGCGAUCGUGUACCAGUCGGCGGCCUUUCGAGACUGAAAAUGGUCAUCGCUAGACACGGUCCGGAUUCCGAUAGAUUGCCAAUAGCGCACACGUGCUUUAAUGUUUUAUUGUUACCAGACUACAGCACGAUAGAGAAACUGCAAGAUCGCUUAUUGAAAGCAAUUAAUUAUUCAAAGGGUUUCGGCAUGUUAUGAACAUGCCAUCGUCGCUCCUCUCUCUUCCUCAGUCUUUCGAAUUGUAUUCGAAGAACACACAGAUAAGAUAAGAUUCGACUAUUCUUGUCAUUUUUAUUGCAGCUACGCUAAUCGGAAGUAUUUAUCGUAAAUAAUCGGUAAACCGUGCCAGUGCGCUUAAACAUGGAAACAUCGCUUGUGCAAUCUGAAUCGUCACAAAAGGCUCCUAACGGUUCUAAAAAUUCCAACGAAUCAAAGAUCGAGUCCCAAAUCGAAUGUACAAAAAGACGAAUGUAUUCUUAAAGGGAAGGAAAAAGAAAGAACGCUUUGGAAUUAUAUCACCGCAAGAGAAUCGCUUGUACCAUACUAUGUGUACUUUUUCUACUAAAGUAAAAAUAGCGAAGAUCGAUUUUCCUUUACCAUUCCGAGAUGAUUGAGAGGAGAAGUGCAACAGAUAUCACGAGACGCGGAGCUACGCAGUGAUUGUGAGAAAGCACAGAGGCCAAAAAGAUUAAGGGAGCCGGAUUGUGGAAAAGUGUGCAUCAUUAAUGAGACAUGGUCGACGUAAGCGAGAUGCGUUCCGGGAACUCGAUAGUCGCGCGACUGUUGCAUAAUUUUAUUCUGAAUGACGAUUUCGUUCGCCAUUAUCUUCUCAUUCCCAACAAACUGAUUAGUCAUUAUUUCAUAUCAUUUGUUAUUUCGGAGAAAUUUGUUGCUAGUUCAGACUGUAUCGGUUUCUGAUUAAAAAUGCUGAUCAAAUGUCAUAGAACGUAAACAGAAGAAAGUGAAAUCUUUUAAAUUAGUUGCAAAGUAUCUGAAUAUAAUUAUACUCAUGCAUAAUCGUAUAUAAUAUGUAUAUCAUACAUAUUAUAAUUAUUGCAUAUCGAAUAUAAUUAUAAUCGUGUAACUUGUACGCAACACGGAUCAUAACGUUUAUGUUAAAAUAAGGACAAUGGAGACAAAUGUAUAAAAAUUAUUUGUUUGUUUUUCUUAGAUUGUUUGUGUGCGAACGUAAUUUGAUAUAUAUGAUUAAGGAUUUGAUUGUAUAAAGUAGCAAAUUUGCAAUACGUAACAAAUAAUACUUUGUUCAACUGCUU